AUGUGUGGAAUCUUUGGUUAUUUAAAUUUCCUGACGCCAAAAAACCGUCGUGAAAUAAUUGAUAUCUUGAUAAAUGGACUAAAACGUAUGGAAUAUCGUGGAUAUGAUUCGGCAGGUAUCGCCAUUGACGGAAGCAACAACGCCGAGUUACCGCACGCUGAGGUAGCGCUUUUGAAAAAAGUUGGUAAAGUCAGUGUGCUAGAAGAGUACAUCAAUGAAAACGAAAUGAAACUUGAUAUGAAUAUGACUUAUAAUAUCCAUUGUGGUAUCGCUCAUACACGUUGGGCAACCCACGGAUCUCCAAAGGAUGUUAAUGCACACCCUCAACGUUCAAACAGUCGAAAUGAAUUUUUGGUUGUCCACAAUGGCAUCAUUACCAAUUAUCGUGAGUUGAAGGCUUAUCUGACGAAGAAAGGCCACGCUUUUGAAUCUGAAACGGACACUGAAGUUAUUGCGAAACUCAUUCAACACAUCGCUGACAAAUAUCCACAUUAUAGUUUCCGACAACUCGUUGAAACCGCUAUUCAGCAACUUGAGGGAGCAUUUGCAUUGGCAAUUAAAAGUAGCCGUUUUCCCGGUCAGCUAGUUGCAUGUCGUCGUGGGAGUCCACUUAUUGUCGGUAUCAAGAGUUCAUCAAUGUUAACAACAGAUCAUAUACCUGUUUUUUUCAGCAAAGGUUCAAAUGUCAAAGAUUUUGAGAGAUAUAACUUUCUUGCAAAUAUUUUAGAAAUUCGUGUAGAAGGUCCCACAACAGUACGACCUUUUGAUUCUCAGCACUGGGAAGUUGAAUAUUUUGUUGCCUCAGAUGCAAGCGCCAUUGUGGAGCAUACUAAACAAGUUAUUUUUCUGGAAGACGAUGAUGUUGCUGUUGUAGAAGGAGGAGCCUUGACAAUUCACCGAGUAAAACGUUGUGAUAGUGGAUUGCAGACUCGGGAAGUGCAAAACCUUACUUUGGAGCUACAAGAAAUAAUGAUGGGAGAUUACAAAACAUUUAUGCAGAAAGAAAUUUUUGAACAACCGGAAUCUUCUGUGAAUACAAUGCGUGGCCGAUUAUUACCUGACGGGCGGGUAGUACUUGGUGGUGUAAAGGACUAUUUACCUGAUAUUCGACGAUGUAGGCGUCUUAUUCUGAUAGCUUGUGGUACCUCCUACAACUCCGCUAUUGCUUGCAGACAAACUAUGGAGGAACUUACCGAACUUCCUGUCGUUCUGGAACUUGCUAGCGACUUUUUGGAUCGUGAAACACCAGUCUUUCGUGAUGACGUCUGCUUUUUUAUUUCACAAAGUGGUGAAACUGCAGACACUCUUAUGGCUUUAAGGUUCUCUCCUUCUUGCAAUGUUUUAAUCACAGCUUUAACAAACUCAUUAUUUCCCAUUUUCGCAAGGGCACUAACAAUUGGUAUCACAAACACUGUUGGGAGUAGCAUCUCUCGUGAAUCUCACUGUGGAAUUCAUGUAAAUGCUGGUCCGGAAAUUGGAGUGGCUUCUACGAAAGCGUACACAUCACAAAUUUUGUCUUUGAUAAUGUUUGCGCUAACUAUGAGUGAUGAUCGUAUUUCAUUACAACCUCGUCGAAGACAAAUCAUUGAUGCUAUGAAAAAAAUUCCAGAUCAAAUUAGAGAGGUUCUGAAGCUUGACGAUCAGGUGUUGAAUAUUGCGAAGAGGAUGUAUAAAGAAAAAUCACUUUUGGUUAUGGGAAGGGGUUUGAAUUUUGCUACCUGUCUUGAAGGAGCGCUAAAAAUAAAGGAAUUAACUUAUUUGCAUUGUGAGGGUAUAAUGAGUGGUGAGCUAAAGCAUGGACCGUUAGCAAUGGUGGACAGUAAUCGAUCUAUAGUAAUGAUUAUUUGCAGUGACAAAGUAUACAAGAAGUCGAUAAAUGCUCUACAGCAAGUAUUGGCACGAGAAGGGAAUCCUGUAAUUGUUGCUGAUAGUGAAGUACCAGAGGAGGAUUUAAAUGGUAGAACACAUGUGAUACGUGUACCAAAAACAGUGGAUUGCUUACAGGGCAUACUCACAGUCAUUCCUUUGCAACUUCUGAGUUAUCAUAUAGCUGAAUUGAAUGGUCUCAAUGUCGAUCGUCCUCGCAAUUUAGCGAAAUCGGUCACAGUGGAGUGA